GGUCCCUCAGAGGGCGUUCGCAUAGCGGGUGGCGGCUGGGCCGUGGCGUGCGGAGGAGGCGCCUGGGUUCUUCCUGGUGGCAACUCAAAAUGAUGGAUCAAGCCAGAUCAGCAUUCUCUAACUUGUUUGGUGGAGAACCGAUGUCAUAUACUCGGUUUAGCCUGGCUCGGCAGGUAGAUGGAGAUAACAGUCAUGUGGAGAUGAAACUUGCUGUAGAUGAGGAAGAAAGUACUGAUAAUAACAUGAGGACCAAUGUCACAAAACCUAAAAAGUUUAAUGGAAGAAUCUGCUAUGGGACGAUUGCUGUAAUCAUCUUUUUCUUGAUUGGAUUUAUGAUUGGCUACCUGGGCUACUGUAAACGUGUAGAACCAAAAGCUGAUUGUAAUAAAGUGGCAGAAGCAGGAAUGACAGAGAAUGCAGAAAAUACAUUCCCUGAGCAAGAGGGAGAAGACGUAUUCCCUGAGCUGUCACCUCAUUUGUAUUGGGAAGACCUCAAAAACAUGUUGUCAGAGAAACUGAAUGCCAUAGACUUUCUCAACACCAUCAAGCAGUUGAGUCAAGAUAUAUAUGUGCCUCGUGAGGCUGGAUCUCCUAAAGAUGAAAGUCUUGGCUAUUUUGUUGAAAAUCAAUUCAGUGCAUUUAAAUUCAGCAAAGUUUGGCGAGAUGAACAUUAUGUUAGGAUUCAGGUCAAGGGCAGCAGUGCUCAAAACUCUGUGACUCUAAUGACAAAUGGUGCUAUGGCAUACCUGGUGGAGAAUCCUGAGGGUUACGUGGCAUAUAGUAAGGCUGCAACAGUUACUGGGAAACUUAUCCAUGCUAAUUUUGGCACUAGAAAAGACUUUGAGGAUUUAAAAACUCCUGUGAAUGGAUCUAUAGUGAUUGUUAGAGCAGGGAAAAUCACUGUUGCAGAAAAGGUUUCAAAUGCUGAAAGAUUAAACGCAAUUGGUGUCAUAAUAUACAUGGACAAUACUAACUAUCCCAUAGUUAGUGCAAACGUUCCAUUCUUUGGACAUGCUCAUCUGGGAACAGGCGACCCUUAUACACCUGGAUUCCCUUCUUUCAAUCAUACUCAGUUUCCACCAUCUCAAUCAUCAGGAUUGCCAAAUAUACCUGUCCAAACAAUUUCCAGACAGGGUGCAGAACAGCUCUUUGGAAAUAUGGUAGAUGAAUGUCCUGUUAACUGGAGAACAGACCCUUCAUGCAGAAUGCAGUCUGCAGAAAACCGCACUGUGAAGCUCACUGUGAACAAUAUGCUAAAAGAGAUCAAAAUUUCUAACGUCUUUGGAGUUAUUAAAGGCUUCGAAGAACCAGAUCGAUACGUUGUAGUAGGAGCCCAGAGAGAUGCCUGGGGUCCUGGAGUUGCAAAGUCCAGUGUGGGAACAGCUCUUUUGUUGGAACUGGCCCGGAUGUUCUCAGAUAUGGUCUUAAAUGGUGGCUUUAAACCUAUUAGAAGCAUUAUUUUUGCCAGCUGGAGUGCUGGUGACUUUGGAGCUGUUGGUGCCACUGAAUGGCUAGAGGGAUACCUUGCCUCUUUGCAUUUGAAGGCUUUCACUUACAUUAAUCUGGAUAAAGCUGUAGUAGGUACCAAAAACUUCAAGGUUUCUGCCAGUCCACUGUUGUAUAAACUUAUUGAGAAGACAAUGCAAAAUGUGAGACAUCCAGUUAAUGGGAAGUUUUUAUACCAGGACAGCAAUUGGGUCAACAAAGUGGAGAAAUUGUCUUACGAUAAUGCUGCUUUCCCUUUCCUUGCAUAUUCUGGAAUUCCAGCAGUUUCUUUCUGUUUUUGUGAGGACAAUGAUUACCCUUAUUUGAAUACUAAAUUGGAUACCUUAGAGAUGUUGACUCAGAGUGUUCCUCAGCUGACCGCCUUGAUGCAUGUUGCAGCAGAAGUGGCUGGUCAGUUCAUGAUUAAACUCACCCAUGAUAUUGAAUUGGACCUGGAUUAUGAGAUGUAUAACAACAGACUACUUUCAUACAUGAAGGAUCUGAACCAAUUCCAAGCAGACAUAAAGGAGAUGGGCCUGAGUCUACAGUGGUUGUAUUCAGCUCGUGGAGACUUUUACCGUGCUACUUCCAGACUAACAGCAGAUUUCCAUAAUGCUGAGAAAACAAACCGAUUUGUCAUGAGGGAAAUCAAUAAUCGAAUCAUGAAAGUGGAGUACCACUUCCUGUCACCGUAUGUAUCUCCAAAAGAUACCCCCUUCCGACACAUCUUCUGGGGUUCUGGCUCUCACACUCUCUCAGCUUUACUGGAGCACUUGAAGUUGCGUCAGAAAAAUAACGGUGCUUUUAAUGAAACGCUGUUCAAAAACCAGUUGGCUCUAGCUACAUGGACUAUUCAAGGAGCUGCAAAUGCCCUGGCUGGUGACAUUUGGGAUAUUGACAAUGCAUUUUAAAGGUGAUCCCAAUAGCUUAAGUAUGAAUAGGAUAGUCUAUUUCGAGACUUGUUUUGGUUGUACUAAAUUUUCUGUAGAGCUACAAAACCUGUUAAAAUUCUAUCCAGUCAUCUUGACUACUACUAGAUGUCUUUAGGCAGCAGCUUUUAAUACAGGGUAGGUACCUGCACUUCUAAGUUAAAGUGAAUAACCACUAUGUUCAUGACAGAAUAUCUUCUCAGAUUAUCUCUAGAAUCUUACGUGCUUUGUAAUUCUAUCUGCCUCUUUGCGUCAUACUUACAAAAAUGUUAGAACCGGUUACAUGUACUAUUGCUCUAAUUUCUAAGGACAUGAGCUGGUAUCUUUAGGUGGGAAGAAGAACAUAGUAUCUCUUGAACAUUGAAAGUGGUAUAUUAGUGUGGUCCUCCAUCUUCAAUUAAUGCUAAAGGAGAUGUCAGGUUGUAAGACCUUAUUCUCCAAAUGAAAUAUAUGCCCUUUCAUAAGAAUUUAGCUGGUUUCCACAUCCCUGAAUGAAACAGUUACCUUACAGAAGAGAGAGGACCUGUUUUCUUGCCAUUGAGGUCCUUUCCACUGGUUGAAAUGAGGUUCCACAUGCAGGAAUAAGGCCUCAAUGUGCUAACCUCCAUGUUAUUUAUGAAAAGAGGAGACCAGAAGCCAAAGACUUAGUGUAUUUUCUCUCCCAGUGACCUCUGCACCAUAGCCUUUAUUUAGCUCUUUUUUUUCCCCCAAGUAUUCUGAAAAAGAACCAGCUAUAGGCAUUUAAUUUCAGGCUCAGUUUGUCAUACUUUAAAGAACACAAUGCCAAAUUUGGCCAAAGUGUUAAUCUUCUGGAAAAGCUUUCUAUCGUUUUGGCACUGAGAUAUUUAUUGUUUAUUUAUCAGUGACAGAGUUCACUAUAAAUGGUGUUUUUUUUUAAUAGAAGAUAAUUAUCGGAAGCAGUGCCUUCCAUAAUUAUGACAGUUAUACUGUCGUUUUUU